AUGGCCGUUUUGAAGGCACGGCAAAGUACGCGCAUAAGCUUGAAACAGGGCAAAGGCGGAAGCACCCCCAGACAUUGUCCACGCGCUUACAACCUUGAUGUAAAUGCCAAGGCUAACCUUCAGCUCUUGCUGACACUGCGAGUACGAGUUCCAGCUAUCAAAACGGCAUCCCCCUUCCGCACCCGAAUUUUUUUUUGUCGAGCAGUUUUGCAAUCUAGUCGCGACGCCGCGGAUAGAAGCUUGCAAAUCUUGUCCCAAAUCAUCUCCAUCGGGGACCAUGCGCAUUUGCAAAACGCGGUGUUUCUGGCCAGAAAGCGCAUCGUCAAGGCAUCGCUCGGCCAGCUUGACCUCAUGGUGUCGUCAUUGCAUCUGUGGAUAGGCCCUGAAGGAUCCCACAGGGGACCGGAGCAACAGGACCAACUGGAAGGUCGGCGCCAGAGUAAUAAUACUUGUGCCCACAGCAGCUUCGAAUCCCAUCUUUGGCAGGGGUGCGGUGACAGCCGGCUCGAGGUCAAAUGGAGGAAGAGACGGACGGACCUUGGGGGAGCCCAGGGACAGGGUACCGGCAUGGCACGGUGCUUGGGUUUGAGGUCGCAAGAGACCCUUCGAGAAGAUGGAGAGCCCCCAAGUUCCUACAAGUUCAUUCCAGGUCCCCAGUACGAACAGCAGGGUGCCCAUGUCCUGGAAAGGGGAGCGGGGACCGGCGCAAGGGCUGCAUGGCUGCGGAUCUCCUGGGACGUCCGGAGAAGGGUUCCCAGCAACCCUGAAGGUAUCUGUGGACACAAGCUCCAGCACACCCCGCUAUGCGAGAACUUUCAGGUAUCGGCCUUUGCGACUGGGCUCUGGAGCAGGUAUGAAGCUCCGGCUCCAAGCGUAUAUACAUACGCUGAUGUUUUCAAGGAUCCCUCAAGGCUUCUCCGCAGAGUCCGAAAUCGUUGCUUUCGCCGAGCUCUCUGCUUUGAUUCGGAGGCUUUCCGCCCAGAGUUGGGAUUGCGACGUGCGAAGGAUGGAGAGAUGAAGACUUUGACGAUGGACCCCGCGGAGGGCCAAGGCACCCAAGCCACAAAUCUUGGGGCGAAAAAAGUUGCAGUGCAUUGGCGCAUCUCACUCUCCGUCCGUCUGCCCGUGCCAUUUUUCAGUUUUCGAACACACAGGCAUCUUCAGGGCGUCGCCUAUACAAGUAUGGGAAUGGUUGGUACCUUGACCCUCCCUGGUGGUGACGCCUCGUUUGCAGAUGCGGAAGGACCUCUCCGGGCCAGCGCCCGGCAAGGGUUUUCGGUUUCUGUCGUGUGGCUUGCACCAGGCUUGCACCCAGGCAAUAGUCGACCACGGUUCCGGAGCAGAGGGCGGACGUCGUGUGAUUGGAUGCUGGAGGUAAUUAAUGGACAUUGCGAAGACGGGCAAGGGCUGGAAAGUAUAUUCGCGAUCAUGACAAACCACCAAGGAUCAGGCUCCGACGAACGAGGAGAAGCGGCGGUUCGAGAGAGAAGGGAAGGCCGGAGAAGGGAGACGACGGACAGAGAACCGAGUGAAAGGGAAGAGGCUAAUAACAAACGUCACCAGAACAUCAAGACCUGCAGAGAGGCCCUGGUCCUGACCUCAAGUCGACGCGGCGGAUAUGAUGGGCAUGAGAGAAUGAUAAAUAAAGGAAUAAAUAAGGUCCUGCUUUUUUUUAAAAACUAUAUAAAAAGCUAUAAGACUAUCUUAAAUACCUUAAUAAUAAGGCUUUAUUUCUUUAUAAGGUUAGUUAGCUUAAUUAGCAUAAAUAACAUGGAGGUAAAGUUCUUAACUAAGGCAGGAGCUUUAAUUAUGCUAUUAAUUAUAUACUUAUUUAGAUUAAAACAUUUACUAAGCUUAGUAAUAGGCGACUUUAAGCUUAUAACAUUAGCUUUUAGUAUAAAAAGACCUAACUGUUUAAAUUAUCUAAUUAGAAAGUUUAUAAAUAAACUAGAAUUAAGUAAUACCUCCCUACAUAUUCUGCUUAAACUAUUAGCCAUAAAAGAGGCAGAUAGAAGGAUUACUAUUAAUAACUGUAUUACUAUUAAUACUAGUGCAGAUAUAUUAAAUAAGGGUUUACUAAAGCAGGGCAGCAUAUCUGCUAUUAACCUAAUUAAGAGGGUAAAAGUUUUUAAAAUAGUAGUAAUUACUAGUAGACUUUUACCUCCUUACCUUUUAUAA